CAUCAACGCAAAUUCUUCGUAAGCAUCUUUGUGUACCGUCAGCAGGUGAAAGUCAUUGAUAUUGUGCCUUCACAUCCUUAUACCCAGAGUUCGACAUCCACAUUCGUCAGGGUCCUUCGAUUCUUUCCUAUUUAGGCCAAAGGAUCAAAGUGGGUGGGCGGGCAGACUGCAAGAUGCGGGCAAGCUGUGCUUUGAGAUCAAGCUCACAGCUACCUCGGGCAGCAGGCAGCUCCCGCAUGAGGAGAAUGCCUACGUGACUGUGUUUCACACCCAUGUCAAACAAUACAUUGUAUGAAGUGAGAUAAUCGAACACAAUGGCCGAAGUACAAACGAAGAAUAUCGAAACCCUCGCAUACGUUGUGCACGAUGCUGGAGAAGACUUCAAGUUGGAGAAUGUAGUACUCGAUGCAAUGCAGCCGAACGAGCUACUUGUUGACAUGCAGUAUUCGGGCAUAUGCCAUACGGAUCUUGUGUUCCAGCAGGGGCAGAUUAAAGUCUGCCCGUACCCUGCCAUCUUCGGCCACGAGGGUGCAGGAACCGUCCUCGCGAUUGGAGACAAAGUCGAUCCGAAGCGAGGCCUGAAAGUAGGCGACAAAGUGCUCCUGAGCAUCAAUUACUGCCAGGAAUGCAAAUUUUGCUUGAGCGAUCAUCCCGCAGACUGCACAGAAGGAACACGCCUGCACCUCUUCGGCGUCAGGCCCGAUGGUUCGACUGCUGCGAGUCUCAAGGACACGGGUGCGUCUCUGAGGAAUCACUUCUUCGGACAGUCCAGCUUCGCCAAAGUGAACUUUGUUCAAGAUACUUGUGUGGUGAAGGUGCCAGAGGAUGUCCCAGACGAGAACAUUCCCUUCCUGGCUGCCAUGGGUUGCGGAGCCGGAACAGUGAUGAACAUUCUCCGGCCUCGCUCCGAUGAAAGUAUCGUCGUUUUCGGAUUGGGUACCGUGGGCCUCACCGCGAUCAUGGCCGCGAAAUACUUGAAUAUGAAGACCAUCAUCGGAGUCGACAUCUACGACCAUAAAUUGCCUCUUGCCAAAGAGCUCGGAUGUACCGACGUGCUGAAUUCGAAGAAUGCACCCGACGGUGACAUAGUCAAAGCGAUCAAAGAUGUGACAGGCGGCAUUGGAGUCGACUUCGCGAUUGACUGCACAGGAGUGCCCAAGGUAAUAGAAGCCAUGCUGAACAUGCUUGGCAUGCGAGGCACAGCGGCAACGGUAGGCGUUCCGCCUACAGGCGCGAAGAUUGAAAUCGACCCACUCGCCUAUCUGUUGGGUAGCAGAGGCUACAAAGGCUGCCGUGAAGGCGAUAGUAAUCCGCCCGUCUUCAUUCCACAGUUAUGCAAGAUGCAGAAAGACGGACACUUCCCGGUCGAGAAGCUGUGCAAGGUAUACGAUUACAAGGAUUUCAGCCAAGCUUUGCAUGACUUGCACGAUGGAAAGGUCACCAAACCAGUCAUCAAGUGGUAGCGUGUCAACGGCCACGCAACUACGUCCUAACCUCAAGUUACAGCAUUGAGAAGACCCGCCGACAUUGGCUUGCGUACUAGGACC